GGGCCCAGUGUAGUGCGAUCAAGUCAUCUGAUCAGAAAGGAACAGAGUUCGUUACAAUUGUUGUGGUGAAAUAAGUUUUCCAAAAAACAACAUUCCAAGUUUAAACAUCGACAGUUCAGUUCCCUAAAUGAUCGUGUGCAAUGAUUAAUUUGUUAUUGAUAAUUAGGAUUUUUUCAAAACAUCACUAAAAAAACGCGAAGUCUUCCCCCUUGAUCAAUAAUAAUAGUUUGCAAAAAUUUAUUUAUCGACAAUUAUUUGGUAACAAUUUUGCAAAAUUUGUCUGUAGCUUGCGGAGUUUCAUCCUUAGAAUACGCUAUCUCUCUCAAUAAUGAUCUCGAAUAAUUAUUCUAUAAGGUGAUUGAUUAUUCUGCGGAAUAUCUCUGGGAUUCGCAGACUGAUUUAGUAGGAUCAAUAAUAUUCAUAGUAAAAUCAACCAGUGGCUCUCCCUCAAUUAAAAAUAAUAUUGAAAAAGUAACUGUUUUUUGAGAUGUUCAAGACGUGGAUUUGUUGAGAGUAUUUUGUUCGAGAUUUCGUGAUUGACUGGUUUAGAUUAGAAGGGUAGAAUGUCCCAAAUAGCUCAUCAGGAAUAGACGUGAACGCAAGUAAGAGUUCCAACGUGCUAGUUUUGAUUUGAUAGAUGAUUAGUUCAAACACCACACUACAGGAGAAGGACACACUGCCGGCUGGUUGUGCAUCAUGAUUGGACCCAAUGUAAUCACACUAGGAGGGAGUUGGCCCGAGUGUCAAACCACGGGUACUAAGGUCAUCUCACAAAAACGGAGAUGUGACGACGAGGGAACAGAGUGUCAAGAUGGCGGCAGUGCAGAAAUGGUUUUGGUGAAGAAAAGACGCUACAAGAGGACAUGUUCGGAUGCUGAGAACAAGGCCCCUAAGGUCGGCAGAGGAGUUGCUGUGGCUACAAAAACCAUCAACAACAAUCUGAUUAUCAAUCAGGAUAAUGAUCGGAUCAUCAGUGAUGAAACAGUGUUGAUCAUCGAUGCCAAUUUUGGAUGUACCAGAGCUUCCAGUGCUAGCAGCAUCAGUCCAACCAAUACUGAAACCAUCAGCAGUUUUUCUGACUCGAUGCCAUCAUUGGAGGAAAUCUACCCUGUCACCAUUGGUGCAGAGUCUCAGCCAAUAAGGAGUGCCGCUCCUCAAACCGGAAGUGCUCCCAUCCAGGCCGGAAGAGUAUCUCCACCACAACUAGAGGCGGUUGACAAUCCGAAUCUGUCAUGGCUACUCGACUUCAAGGUGUCAUCACUGUUUGAUCCCGAUGGCAGUGAGGGCAAUGUAGAUGGAUGCUUCCAAGGAGACGAAUGUCUACAGACGAGCUCUACGUCAUCAUCAUCACCAUCACCGCAAUCAUCAUUGACAAUGCCUCCUCCCCUCCCGCUGCCCGUGUCUCACCCCCCAACCAGCAAUCGCCUCCUAAAACCGCCCUACACCUACACAGAGCUCAUAGAACAGGCACUCAACGAGAAGGGCCAACUCACCGUCUCCGGAAUCUACACAUGGAUGUCAGAGAAAUAUCCGUUUUUCAAAGCCCACGACGAACGAUGGAAGAACUCGGUACGGCACAAUCUGAGUAUUAAUCCACAUUUUCGAAAAGGUAUGAAGGCGUCUCAAGGAUCCGGUCACUUUUGGACUUUGAGCACUCAAGGGGCUCCCCCUCCCCCUCUUCAUCCCAAUCAUGACACCUGGAAAAUGACGGAAGUGAAAAGUGUGAUUGAGACUGAGAGUGACGAGACUGAGAAAUCGUACAUUGAUGAGGUUGCCACGGCCACAGCCAGCAUCGAGGAGCCUUCCUCUGGACUGGAGGACCCGUUCUCACCCCCCCUCUCCAUCACUAUUCCUGCCGACAACUCGCCUGAUCCCAGCCUAGCCAGAACUGCCGAAGAAAUCCUGUCAGGGGUCAAGAAAGAGGUCCAAGUGCAGUAUCUUUCGGCCGAUUCUGACUUUUUAAAUCAAAUGACGAGAGGCGAACUUGCAGAUGAAACAAAUCUAACAGAAGUUUCAACAUCUUUUCUAAUGAACGAUUUGGGAACUGAAGUUAUUUUGAAUGACAGUUUUUUCUGUGACGAUCUCAAUUUCCAGUACUGCGAGCUCACUACUGCUCAGAUGUGAUCAGAAUAUCACUCAGGAUUGAAGUUUUAUUAUGGAAAUUCCUAGAUAUAGUUUUUGAAUUGAGCAAUCAAAGAUGAUGUGAUGGAAUUGAUGAGGAUAUUAGCCGCUUUCAAGAAAAUUGGGUUUGUGAAGUGUCUGUGGAAAUCUUUCAUAAGAUGGCCGUAAUAUAACGAACAAUAUACAGUAUCUAUUGAAAAAUAACGUUCAAUCUCAACGUUUGUAAGAGUGUGAUAGUAUAAGCCAUGACAUUAUUGUCAGAUUUGAGAAAAAAAUUGUAUCUUGACGUAAUUUUUCCUACAUUUGGAGAUGAUAUUUAAAACUCAAGAUGAUAUCUUGUAUUGCUUUUCAAAAUGUGGAUACAAAUAAUAUUGGUUUCGUUCAUUAUAUCAUUCAUUCUUCUGCAGAAAUAUAAAACUUCUGAAAAUAUUCCACAUGACUGAUCACAAAAUAUCCUUACCGUCCAAUUGAUGCACAAUAUUGAUCAUCACAUUAUUAUGUGAGGCAAAAUGUAUGUUUUAGCAACUCUGAAAUUGUUUAUUUUAUUCUUUUUGGAUUCAUUUUGGUAAAAAUAAACAAAGUCAUCAAAAUUGCCUUCUCACCAAUUUCCAAGCUUUUAUAUUUCUAAUAUUCAAGUCUUACGUAUAAGCAUUGGUUUUUGAAAUAUAAUCAAUAUUAGCGUCAGUUU